AUGCCGAAGCAGCGCAGCUCUUCUGUGCCAGCAGCCGAGCACGAGCUUUCCAACAUGAGUCUGCAGCUCUGCGGAGAGCAGCAGAGACCGGUGUCUGCGAGAAUGAAGAGCUGUUGGCUGCGCAGUGAGGAUGGCGAGAGGAUCUCAGGAGCCGACCUCGAGGUGCCCUUUGAUGGUCUGGAGCUCUUCCACGAGGUGUUUCCUGGUGGAGAGGACAUGGAGAUGGAGACCCUGGCACAACUGCAGGCUUGGCCCUGGCAGCCCUCACAGAGCGGGAGGUGGAAGCAGGACUUCGGCCCAAAGGCCAACUUCAAAAAACAGCAGGUCAAGGUGCCUGAGACCUGGAAUGGCUUCCCGUCGUGGUCGCACCAGCUCUUGUCCAACCUCCUUGGCCGCUCCGCGACUUUGCGGGGCUUCCAAGCCGUGGAGUGCCUCUCUUUAUGGUACGACGCAGAUCGUGGAGCAAACCAUGCUUUGCACGUAGAUGAUCUCUGGCUCUGGGGAGACCGCAUCCUUGGCGUAUCGAUGCAAAGUGCGUCGGUCUUCACAUUCUACGAACCGGUGAAUCAGGUUGUGGUCAGGGUCCCACUGCCAAGGCGGUCGGCGUACUUAAUCAGCGGGCGGGUGCGUGUCGACUGGCAGCAUGGGCUACUUGCAGAGGACAUCUCUGGACCUCGAGUUGCGAUCACAUUCCGCGAGCUGACAGAGGCAGUUGCAAGCAGUGAGCUUGGUCAAGUGGCCCUCGAGCGUGCAAAGCUCGUCGCGCCGGCUUCUCAGGGCCAUUCAUGUCGAACUGUUGUGGGCGCCACGAUGUUUUCAGGUCGACGCCAUCGGAGCCUGAGAGCCGGACAGAAGACUGCGCGACGCUCGUGGAGGCAAAAAGGGGCAUCUCGGUAG